AUGUCUGCUGAUUGGAAAAUGAUUGUAUAUUUUGACCUUUCCCCAUACCAACAACAAAUGAGCAUUUUAGCUGAUGGAACAAAAAGGUUGAACAAUUUAUGCGACAAGGCAUUGGAUAACACUGCCUGCAAGGUAUUACUCAACUAUUUUGACCGUAUAACGGAGGAACUGCAAAUGGAACUUAAUCUUCUUUCUGUUAGAAAAAGAAUAACAAGAGGAGCUAUAGACAUUGUCGGAAAUUUUGCAAAUUCAUUGUUUGGUGUCCUCGACUCAAACUACGCGGCACAAAUGUCAAGCACAAUAAAUGGUCUUAAAAGGAACGACAAUCACCUGGAACAACUCGUUAAAAACCAAACGUCACUUGUUGAUUCAACUAUCAAUAUCUUUAAGAAGAACCAAUUAAACAUGCAUGACAAAUUUGAAGAAAUUGAAAAGCGCAUCAAUAACUUGUUGUAUACAGAUGAGUCAAUAAACGACAUACACGUAACACAAAACAUGCUUAUGUUGUCAAUGCAAAUGCUCAUGAUGGUAUCCAACCAGCAAAGAGUUCACUCAUCAAUUAUGGACGUACUAAUCGACAGUCAUCACGAUAAAAUAAAUCCUCUUCUGCUGACUCCACAACAGCUUAGUGAGCAAAUAAUGAUGAUUAGAGCACAUCUUCCAUCACACCUACAGUUACCUAUCCACCACAAUAACUUACUCGAAGUAUAUAGGCUCAUGAAGAUCAACGGAAUCCUGGCAAAGGGCCAUGUCAUUUUUUGCAUCGACUUAUCUCUCACGGAUCCAAGAGAAUUUCAACUGUUAUAUCUUGUUCCAAUUGUGGCAGCUAUAAAUAACACACUUUUAUCAGUGAAACUUUCAACAGAAUUUCUAGCCAUCAGUCCGCAUCAUGAUGAAUUUCGACCAAUGACACAGCAUCAAGUGGACGCAUGCAUAUCGAUAAGUGACGAAGAGUUAUUAUGUCCAAACAUACAAGCAACAUUUCAUGACUCGUCAAACGUCAAUAAUUGUGAAAUUGACUUAUUUAACAAUCAAGCUAAACCAAGAUGCGAUAUGUAUCAGCUCAAGGACACAACUGUAUGGUAUCAACUAAAUCAUCCGAAUCAAUGGAUUUACGCAACCAUAAAUAAUAUCAAAAUGAAUGCAGUAUGCAACAAGAAAGCAUUUCAAUUAACUUUAGUGGGCAGUGGUUUGAUUAAAUUAGAACCUGAAUGCAUCAUCAAAAAUGAACACAUUACGAUUCAAGGUCAUCAAAAAAUGGUUACUUCAAUGCAGGCAUCGAUCACCAGAUUGAACCUAUCUGUAGGAUGGACAAAACAAUAUGCGAGCAAUAACAUCAGCGUCAAACCAUUGUCACCCACAAUCCAUGAGCUUGAACUUAUUCAACGAAAAUUAGGCCACAUCCAGAGUUCCAGUUUUCCAACUGAUGCUAUUAGUCCAGGGACACAUAGUCUAAUAACCAGCUACGUUGCAUUAGCAAUGUUUCUAUGUGUCGCUAGUGCACUAUUAUAUAUAUGGCGAAGGCAAAAAAUCACUUAUCAAACACCUCCAAUACCGAUGCCACGACAUCAGCAGAUGACCGAGGAUACAGCAUGUUGA